AUUAAAUAUGGUGCGGCACAACAAUCAGUUGCCGGAUAAUUUGCCGCAAUUGCAGAAUUUAAUAAAACGAGAUCCGGAAUCAUAUAAAGAUGAAUUUCAACAACAGUAUCGUCACUUCCUCAGCAGUUUGGAAGUGUUUGCCCUUAAUCCAACGGAGGAAAAUAAAUCCCUAGAUGAGCUGGUUAUGUUCAUAGCCCAGGUGGCUCAAUGUUAUCCCGAAGUCUGCCUACAGUUUCCACAACAUUUGGUGGAUCUUUUGAAGAAUCAUGCCACCACCUUGGAUCCAGCAAUGCGUAAUUGUUUCGUUAAGGCUUUGAUAUUGCUGCGCAAUAAAAAUCUCAUCCCGGCCUUGGAUUUGUUGGAGCUGUUCUUCCAAUUGUUGCGUUGCCCCGACAAACAUUUGCGCAUAUUUUUACAAAAUCACAUUAUCACCGAUAUCAAGAACAUGAAUGCCAAACAUAAGGAUAUGAAGUUGAAUUCCAGUUUACAAAAUUUCAUGUACUCCAUGUUGAAAGAUGCUAAUCCCAAGGCAGCAAAAAUGUCCGUCGACAUUAUGAUCGACCUGUAUAAGAAGAAUAUUUGGAAUGAUGAGAAGACGGUGAAUGUUAUUGCCACUGUGGGUUGUUUUUCGAAAAUUACCAAAGUUUUGGUUGCCUCCUUGAAAUUCUUUUUGGGACACGAUGAGGAAGAUAAGGGUUCCGAUGAUUCGGAUAGUGAAAAUGAGGUAGAUCUGAAAGGAGCCCUGUUGCAAAGUCGUGUAAACAAAAAGACCAAAAAACGUAAGAAGCAAUUGGAACAGUUAAAGAAACAGGCAGUCAAGGCCCAGAAGAAAAAGAAGAAUGCUCCGGCAUUUAAUUUCUCCGCCAUUCAUCUGAUACACAAUCCUCAAGGUUUGGCUGAGGGCUUAUUCAAACAACUGCAGAACAACAAUGAACGUUUCGAAGUGAAACUAAUGCACUUGGAUGUUAUAUCGCGUCUAAUUGGUAUCCACGAAUUGUUCCUGUUCUCCUAUUAUCCAUAUAUAACACGUUUCAUUCAACCCCAUCAGAGACAGGUUACACGUAUUUUGCAAUUUGCUGCCCAAGCGUCACAUCCCUUGGUUCCGGGGGAUGUUAUCGAACCUAUACUCAAGACAAUAGCUAAUAAUUUCAUUACCGAACGCAACUCCUCGGAUGUAAUGGCUAUUGGUCUGAACGCCACACGUGAGAUAUGUAUGCGGUGUCCUUUGGCCAUGGGUGAAGAUUUAUUGCGUGAUUUGGCAAUGUACAAGGCCUAUAAAGAAAAAUCGGUGAUGAUGGCUGCACGUUCUUUGAUUACACUGUACAGAGAACAGUUGCCAGCCUUGUUGCACAAAAAGGAUCGAGGACGUUUGACAGAGGCUCAGGCUGAGAACAAGCCUAAAGCAUAUGGUCAGGUGGAGGUACAUGAGACUAUACCAGGUGCUGAGGCUUUGCUCAAAUCAUCUAAGACCAUAGAUUUGGGUAGUGAUGAUGAUGACACCGAUUCUAAUGAUGGAGGAUGGGUUGAUGUUUCCGAUGAUGAGGAUGAUGGUGGCCAAUUCGAUGAUGAAGAAGUAGAUGAGGAUGAUGAAGACCACGAUGAGGAGGGUGAUGAUGACGACGAGGAAUGUGAUAGUGAAAAUGACGAAGAGGAUGAUGAUGAAGACGAUGACGAGGAGGAUGAAGACGAAUCUGAUGAGGAAGAAAAUGAAGAAACAUCAGAAAAGCCCGAAAAAGAUACAAAAUCCCCUAAAGACAAAAAGGCUUCCCGCAAAAACUCAAUAUCAUCGACCACAUCAAAAUCUUCGAAAAAAUCACAAAAGUCCACCAAAUCUGAAGCGAAAAUUCUAAGUGAAAAAGAAGCAGCCCAAGAAUUGGCAUUGACACGUAUUUUCACCGAUGAAGAUUUCAAACGUAUCAACACAGCCAACCUCAAGAAAACCGUAACGAAUGCCAGAAAACGUCCCCUCGAAAAGGAUCGUCAAGAAUUUGUAAAACUCGAUAAUAUUGAAAUGAUCUAUAAGAAACGUAAACACGACAAAGAAAGUCGUCUAGAGACAGUACGUAGUGGUCGUACCGAUCGUGAGAAAUUCGGUUGGAAAGAUGGUCGGCAAAAUGAAAACUGUUCGAAGACAAAUCGUGAAAAACAAAAACACAAAAAUCCUGUUAUGAUGCGUUACAAGGCGCGUUCAAAGAUCAAGAAGAGUUUCCGCGAAAAGCAACAGGCUAUGCGCAAGCAUUUGUUGCACAUUAAGAAAAUGAAAUAAGAUGU